GGCCUCGAGGCUUCACACCAACGCUCCUCCGCGCGGAGUCGACGGAAGUAUUUGAAGUUCACUCUUCCUUUUGACCAUCGUCUGCCAUCGGUUUGACAACCUCUGCUGCACACUUGUCUUUAAUUGUAACGAGAAUUGCACAAUGUCGCGACCAUCAAAGAUGCUCACCUUGUCUCGCAUUGAGGACCUAACUUUGGGGUCAUUCGCGUUCGUUCCUACCUCGGAGACGUUGGAUCAUCUCGUGCGAUACCUCAGCACGUGGAGCGGUAGCGACAAGUUCUUCAUGAUCAUCCAAUACGCAAUCAAACUGAUCGUGCCAUUCCUUCAAUUCCGUGCUCGGAUGCAGCAUAAUGCUGGAUUACGCCCGGCACCCGUCAGUGCUUCUGCAGACGGACUGGCGAAGCUAGGCAGCAUCCUCGGCGAUGCACGAAUGCUCUUUCGUAUCUGGGGCCUCCUGCCCAUCAUACAAUGGCUUACUUCAAUUGAGCGGAGCCACCCGCAAACCCGCAAGCUGCUCACUAUCGAGAGGUUGCAAGGGUGGUCCAUGAUUGCAUAUUAUCCCCUUGAGCACUUGUAUUACCUCCUGUCCCACUCCAUCAUCGCGCCUGAGCUCUCCAUGCCAUCGCUAUCGUCAUUGCUUCCGUUCGGCAAAGCGAAGCCUGGAAGGCGUAUCCGUUUGGACCUGAACGCCUUGGGCAUAUGGUCUUGCCGGUUCUGGGCAGCCUAUGUUGUCCUGCAGUUCAUGCACCUGCGUGAAGAUGCUCGGCUGCUCAAGGUCCGUGAACGCGUAGUGAGCAAGUCCAAGGCCGUCUCUGCCAAAGCGGAGAAGGAAGAGCUGAAGCAGAGAUGGGAUGCGCUCUGGAAUGAGCUCAUAGUCAACCUCGGCUACCUGCCAUUGACCGUGCAUUGGUCUCUGGAACAGGGUCUCUUCAGUGAUGAGGUGUGGGUUGGCGUGUUUGGAUUGAUAGCGGGCCUGGCGCAAUGGCGCAGCGGCUGGAAGGCCACGGCGCUGCCAACGCCUGUUGUGGAGGUGACCCUUCUGCCUACAGAGACUAGGUCUGAAGUAGUUGUCGCGGAGGGACCGUCUGCGACGCCGAUCGACUUUGACCUGGAGGCGCCGACUCUGGAUGAAAUGUGAGUUUCGCAGACGGCGAUGAAAGUAUGCAAACGGAGGACAGCCUAGUCUGGACUUGAGAUGGAGUUUUCUAUGUUCUAUGCAGUGUAGUCAGGAGAUACACGAGAAGCACCGGGAGUCGUUACUCACUUCUUUGUCAAUGAUUUUAAGGCGGCCUUCAAUCGCCUUCUAAGGCCAUUGUGUGGCAUCUUUCCUCCCGCCAUUCCAAUUGUAUUAUGCCUCGAAUACGUACUGCUUGUUUCAGCAACAUCUCGGAUGCCCAAUACUACCAUAAUGUAUGAUCAUGACUGGCCAAAGGU